AUGCCCACUCGCCAAGGUAGGGAUCGCGUAGACAAAGGGAAUCGGGGGAGAGGGGCUCGGGGAGGGAGGAAUAAUGAGGAAGACGGGGGAGAGAGGCGCAUGCCCGGCAGUCGGAUUCGGGGAGGCUGCGCAGUGAGUGCCCUUCCAGCGAGUGUGCAAAUAUGGCGGCGAGCUCUUGGCGUCUGCGGUGCGUGCGGCGCGGAUAAUCGCUUCGAACCCGGUUUCUGCGAGUGCGGGAAGUGGCAGUCUGUGUGUUCGGAUGCUUCGGAGCGGCCAGAGAGCCGAAUGAACGAGGAUAUGACCGAGCUGGUGGACCGCGAGCGCCUCCAACGGGUGGUCGUGGUGUCUGUGGAGCAGCAGGAGGGCGGCGGUGGCGCCCCCCAGCUCGACUCUCGGCGGCCCGCCGUCGAUUCGGACGACGAGGAGGACGCGAACUCGGUGGUGGACGCAGUGGAGCCGCCGGUGGACCUUCUGUCGCGCUCCGACUCGGAAGAAGUGAGCGGCCCGAUGAUCGAGGCCGCCGAGUUCCGGGCCCUGGCCGAGGGCCCGGCCUACGCUAGCCUCAACGGCCGCCUCAGCCCGGGCUUCUCGACAGCGUCCAGCUACGCGACGCUCACGCCCCUUCAGCCGCUGCCCCCCAUCUCUACCAUGUCGGACAAGUUCUCCCACUACGCGCACCCGGGCAACGUGAGUGGCAGCUUCACGCUCAUGCAAAACAACCUGGGCAUGAACUUCCAGUACGACAAACUCGGCUCCAUCGGGGUCAUGAACAUGAGCCCGACCCUCGGCGUGACGCAUGCCUCUGCCGUCUCCAUGCUGGCCGCCAACGGCCUCGGCUCCCAGUCCAUCCCUUCGCCCCCUUACUCCCAGAACGGCAUCCACAGCCCCGAGAAGUCGCUCAGCCCCACCGGCUUCGAAUCCUACGCGCAGCGGGACCUGGGCUCGCCCCAGAGUCCCGUCCUGCACACGCCCACCUCCAUGACCCUUCAGACGCUGAACGGGCUGAGUGUGCCCGGGAGCCCGCCCCCGGCCCAGCUCCAGACCCCGAGCCCCCCGAGCAAGCCCUCGCCCGAGCCCAUGACGGUGCCCGUGGUCAGCCUGGCCCCGGCCACCGCCCUCAAUGUUGCCCUCUCGCUCGCUUCGGCCAUCCCCGUGCACGUGACUGUCCAGCCGGCGGCCACCAUCGUCGCGUCGCAGCCGCCACAGCCACAGCAGGUCGUGGUGGCUGCGGCCUCGGUAGUCCAACAGCCACCUCAGCCACAGCAGCAACCUCAGCCACAGCAGGUCCCCAACAAGACCAUCAUGGUGGCGACGGCUGUAUCCCCACAGUCUGUCAAAAGCAGCGGAGAUGAAGUCGAAGAGAUAAACACUAAAGAGCUGGCGCAGAGGAUUAGCGCCGAACUCAAACGAUACAGCAUACCACAGGCGAUAUUCGCCCAAAGGGUGCUGUGCAGGUCCCAAGGCACGCUUUCGGACCUGCUAAGAAACCCAAAACCUUGGAGCAAAUUGAAAUCUGGGAGGGAAACCUUUCGAAGGAUGUACAAGUGGCUCGAAGAACCGGAAUUUCAAAGGAUGUCUGCCCUCAGAUUAGCAGACGGAGGAUCGUUUUCCCGAAUGUUGUUGGACCGGCAACCCUCCUCUUCCUGCCCUUCCACGUCCACAGGUAGGAAGAAUACCCUCAUAUCCAUACAAACAGUACCAAUGGGAGAAAUAGUAGGGGCCUUCUACGGCCUUUUCUUUCAAAAUGUUUAUAAUGAUGUGUUUAUAAAUCAGUUUUCAAGUUUAAAUUCCUCUUCUUUAAGUACAUAUGCUUCAAAUUCUUUAAAAAAAUAUCAGCUGGUUUUACGUCCCUCUGAUGGUGACUGUGGGUGA